AUGGAUGGUGGGCUUAUCGGUAGUCUGGAUUCUGGCUUGUCUUCCUUCCGUUCGACAUACCCACUUUGGCUAGUGACCAUGAACGAAGGAAAUAGAUCGCUUUCGGCCUGUCUGCGCUGCAGGAGACAGAAGCUCAAAUGUGGCGGUCCCGGCAAAAUACCAUGCCAACGAUGCCGAGUGACCAAUGCUGAAUGUGUCUUCGUCCCUCCAAGGGCAGCUCAGCCGGCAUCAGCCCUAUCAGAUACCGAUGCCAAAACAGCCCUUCUUGAGCGGCGAUUGGACUUAGUGGAGCGACAGCUGCGACUUGAGAUUGAGAAUUUGCGAGCAGAGGUUGCCGGACGAUCUCAUGACAGCAAUGCAGUAUUUUCGCAGAGUUUGUUAUCACAGCGUGAACCAGCUGCCCUCUCAGUUGCGGAAACGGACACCUUAUCUUCUAACAUCGAUUCCCCCGUUAUCACUACCGAGAGUGAAUGGGAUGAGCUAUACGAAUUCUUUUGCACCAACUGCAGCACUGUCGUUUCUGUGAUAGAUGACCAGUUGUAUUCGCCUAGCGAAACUAUCAAGAAUCACCCAUUCAUGUCGGCUGUCAUAUGCGCAAUCGCCUCAAGGGCUGUGAGACCAGCAAAGUAUCAAGAAUAUGUCGCCGCCGUUGACAAAUUAAUUAUGCACACAUUUCAAGGGCCGGCGCCCGACCUGCUUGGGGUGCAGGCCAUGAUACUCUUCGCAACAUGGACCGGUCGGAUACGCCUAAUCGGCUAUAUUGUAUCAGUGGCAACUGAGCUAAAGUUACAUGAGGCAGCUAUCCUGAUAGGAGAUGAGAACACUGAGUAUACCCCUGAUCUUGUUGGGCGUGCGAGGACCUGGUUUACUUUAUGCUGCUUAGACUUGCAAACGAACAUCAGCCGGCCUUUCGUUAUUAACAACAUGAAGGAUUAUUUACCUUAUGCAAAGUACAUCGCCAUGUCUCCACAUCAUCGCCCCGUAGAUGACAGAAUUCGAGCCUAUAUCAAAGGCUUCACGAUAACUGGGAACCUAAAAGGGCAACUUAAAAGCUCCCAGCUGACAGCUAAACCUUUGUUGCAAGAGGUCAUCGAUCUCUUCACUUCCUCUGAUGAACAGGUUGAUCAAUGGUUCCAUGAAAUCAACAACAAUAUCCAUCCACUCUAUCAAACGUUCCCAGAGAGGCAGGAUCGAAACCGACUUCUUAUGCCAUUUGCCUUCAUGAAGCUCUAUAUCAACGGCCUAGCAUUGCAGGGUGUGGGGUCGGUGGAGGACUUGAGCGCAGAUCCAGCCCGAAUCGAGUUUAUUCAGCGAGCCUUGGAUAGCGCAAGUCUAAUAAUCCAGACUCAGUUCGAGUCCAAUAGGUUCAGGCGAGCAUUUCAAUACACAAUGGACUAUUUUGGCACACCAAUAUACUACGCCAUUAGCUUCAUUUUGAAAGCCAUUCCUUUGGCUUAUAAUUUUGUUGACUGCCAGCGGCUCCUGACCAGAGUACGACAAGCAGCUCAUAUGUUUCAGCAAGCAGGGGCUUUUGACGCGGCAAAUGAAUUACGACAAGGUGUUGAUCGAAUAGCAGCUUCAACUCAAACGGUUCUUAGUCCUGAGUCGCUCGAAACCCCCGGAAUCGAAAUUCACCUCAAUGGUUUGUUUGAUAUUCCGAGCUUUAUCGACGAGAUGGCGUGGGAUGAUGAUUUCCCCACAUUGGGCAUGUUUCCUUCUGUAUGA